AUGCCGUACGAAAGGAAGCGCUGGCUGCUGCUUCCUCACCCCUUGGUUGCCCUUUGGUGCGUCGUCCUUUGCAGCACAGCGCUCGUAGCGAGCUACACUGCCGAAACAACUCCGAUGCUGCAGGCGCCACGCUUCACAACGCAACCAUCCUCCUCUGGAUCAAUAGUGAACGAGGGUAGAACGAAAAUUCUUCAGUGUCACGCACUUGGCUAUCCGCAGCCGAACUAUCGGUGGCUAAAGAAUGGCGUGCCGGUCGGCAACUUUAGUCACAGUCAGUAUCUGAAGAUCCAGAACAUCACCCGAGAAGAUACCGGCUUGUACCAGUGCCAGGCGGAAAACCAAGCGGGCACCAUUUUCAGCGAAAAAAUCGACGUAGUGGUGGCAUAUAUGGGCACAUUCGUAGAUCUCAGCGAGAACGUCGUUACGGUGGUAUCGGGUUAUCCGGCGAUCCUCAACCUCUCCGCGAUCGAGUCCGUGCCGCCACCGUCCGUUACCUGGCAGACCGACGUCGGGCCACUGACGUACGACAUCAAGUACGCACAGACGGCCAACAACCAACUGAUUAUCCUGAGCACCGAUGAGCGAGACAUUCGUGCCUACCGGGCCCGUGCCAUCAACACGCAGCUGGGCCGCGAAGAGAUAACCGGCUUUGUGCGGCUUAACGUAACCGCUGGCAAUCCGUACGCUGAAAUCGCACCGGAAAUCAUUGUGCACCCGCAGAGCGUACGGGUGGUGCGUGGAACGGAAAUGGUUGAGUUGGAGUGCAUUGCGAAUGCGCGUCCCCUUCACGAGCUGGAAACGGUCUGGCUGAAGGAUGGUAUUCCGAUCGAGAACACGGGCAUUCUGUUCGCCCAGACCGAUCCUUGGAACCGAACUGUGACGUUGCUGCACGUAAAUCUCACGCAUACCGGCGAGUAUACGUGCCAAGUGAGGAUGCGAACCGGCGGUCACCCGAUGGUGUUUUCGAUGGCCAAGGUAACCGUACAGGAACCGCCAACCUUCGUGACGCCACUGCGUACCGAAACGCUCGGCGAGUAUGGGUCUCGGAUAGUGCUGGCGUGCGACGUGAUCGGUGAACCGAUGCCAAAGAUCCGUUGGUAUAAGAACGGGCAGCCCAUCGAGCAGGCGAGCCCUGGACGUUAUGCCGUGCAGGACGACAACUCGUUGGAAAUGCUUCGGCUCACGAUAGAAGAUACGGCAAUGUUUCAGUGUUUGGCAACGAACGAGGCAGGCGAAAAGUCUGUCUAUACGUGGUUGAAGGUGAAAACUUCGGUACCGAUAAUGGAGGUUCCGCCCGCCAACCAGACGGUGCUCGAUGGUCAGGAUGCGACGAUCAGUUGCCGUGCGAUUGCCGCCCCGAUGCCCAACAUAACGUGGAUCUACAAUGACUCGUUCGCAAUCGAAUCAUCUACCCGGAUGCAGAUACUGGACACGGGCGAUCUGUUGCUCUCAAAUGUGCGCGAAACAGACAGCGGGCAGUAUACCUGCAUUCGCGAAAACGAAUCCGGACGUAUUACUGGCACCGGUUAUCUCACUGUGCUAGUGAGAACUCAAAUCAUCCGUCCGCCGGCGGAUACGAUCGUUCUACUCGGCCAUUCGGCCGCAAUCGAGUGUGGUGUUUCGAGCGAUCCAAACGUUCCGUACAACAUCGAUUGGUACCGGGAACCGAACCGUCUUCCAAUAAAAAACAGCCAGCGGAUCGGUGUGCGUGGUGAUGGAACGCUAGAAAUCACCGAGGUACGACCGUCGGACGUAGGGCAAUACGUGUGCAUUGUCACAUCACCCGGCGGUAACGAGACUCGGUCUGCACGCCUGAGUGUAAUCGAGCUACCGUUCGCACCGUCGAACGUGCAGGCGUUUAGGGUUAGCUCUGCACAGAACCGUGCAAUCAACGUCUCGUGGACGCCCAGCUUCGAUGGAAACAGUAAGCUGAUCAAGUUCAUAGUACAACGGCGAGAGGUGCCAGAGCUAGGUCCCCUGCCAGAUCCGCUGCUGAACUGGGUCACGGAAGCGGCCAAUGUUUCCGCCACGUUGCGCUGGAUACUGCUCACCAAACUGAAAGCAGCCACCGCUUACCAGUUUCGCGUUAGCGCCGUCAAUCGCGUAGGCGAAGGUUCGUCUUCCGAGCCGAGUAACGUAGUGAAGCUACCGCAGGAAGCUCCGUCUGGACCGCCGGUAGGAUUUGUCGGUUCCGCCCGUUCGUCGACAGAGAUUAUCAUCCAAUGGCAGCCCCCGGUAGAGGAGCAUCGAAAUGGUCAGAUUCUUGGCUACAUUAUUCGCUACCGGCUUUUCGGCUACAACGCGAGCCCGUGGAAUUAUCGCAACAUUACGAACGAGGCGCAGCGCAACUACCUUAUUCAGGAGCUGAUUACCUGGAAAGACUACGUGAUUAAAAUCGCAGCCUACAACAGUAAAGGCGUAGGGGCGUACACGGAAGGGGCAAAAAUUAAGACGAAGGAAGGUAUCCCGGAAGCGCCACCCACUGACGUGCGGGUUCUAGCACUCAACUCGACGACCGUGCGCGUUUGGUGGACCCCACCGAAUCCACAGCAAAUCAAUGGCAUUAACCAGGGCUAUAAGCUGCAAGCGUGGCGCAAUGAAAUGCCCGCCUCGCCGGACGGCCUGAACCACCUGGUGGAGGUGGAGCAGAAGGUGUUGACCGUUGCACCGAACCUGCUCGAUCCGCUCGCCGAGCAGAGUGUCCUGAUGGGUGGGCUGGAAAAGUUCACCGACUACAACAUUACCGUCCUCUGCUUCACCGAUCCCGGUGACGGUGAGCGAAGUGUCCCGGUUCCCACCCGCACCCUCGAGGAUGUACCGGACGAGGUUGGUUCGCUGCAGUUUAAUGGCAUUUCCGAUCGUGCCGUAACGGUCAGUUGGGAUCCGCCGCGUCAUGCCAAUGGGGACCUUACAGGCUACCAGGUGCGCUACUAUGUGCGCGAUGAGCCAGAAUCGGCGCGCAUCGUCAACCUGACGGCCGACGCUACCAGUCUCGAGGUGACGCACCUGACUGCCAUCACGCACUACACGUUCGAGGUUUGUGGCUGGACAGCCGCAGGGGCCGGCGUGGCCCGGUUCGCUACCAUCCAGUCCGGCAUCGAACCGGUCCUGCCGCAUCCGCCGUACCAGCUGGCACUGUCGAACAUCGAGGCGUUUUCGGUUGUCAUUCAGUUUACGCCCGGUUUCGACGGCAAUUCUUCGAUCACUCACUGGAUCGUGGAAGCACAAACGGCCCGCAACCUCACGUGGUAUGUGGUGCACGAAGUGCACGACCCGGAUGCUUCAACCGUUACCGUACUCGGUCUGACGCCCUUCACCUCGUAUCGGUUGCGUAUCAUUGCGUGCAACGUUGUCGGGCAGUCGGAACCGUCUGAGCCGACGAAAGACUUUCAAACCAUCCAGGCACCCCCGAAGCACCCUCCGUUCAACGUGACGGUGCGGGCAAUGAGUGCGACUGAGCUGCGCGUUCGGUGGAUUCCGCUGCAACAGAGUGAGUGGUAUGGCAAUCCGAAGGGUUACAACAUCAGCUACCGCAACGUAAAUGAGGAGGAGGAAGACGAUACGAGUGGUGGCAAUGAGGUGGAUCAUGCCGGUGGUAUCGGGCGGAGUGUGCUGAUCGAAGAUUCAACCGCCAACUCGCACGUCCUCGAAGCGCUAGACGAGUGGUCGGUGUACGAAAUCGUGAUGACGGCGGUCAACGAGGUGGGCGAGUCGCGCGACAGCCCGCACGCGUUCGAACGGACACGGGAAGCCGUUCCGUCGAUGGGACCGGCCGUCGUCGAAGCGAACGCAACCUCCUCCACUACCAUUGUGGUUCGGUGGCAAGAGGUGCCAAAGGUGCACCGCAAUGGGCAGAUCGAAGGCUACCGGGUGUUCUACGGUUCGCUAGGCCGUACACCGAUCCUGCACAAGACGAUCCCGAACAACAACACUUUCACCGCGACGCUCACCGAGCUACGGAAGUUCGUGCCGUACGAUGUGCAGGUGCUGGCCUACACGCGACUUGGCGACGGCACGCUCAGCACGCCACCGGUGCGAGUGCAAACGUUUGCUGACACUCCGGGCGCUCCUUCGAACGUUUCGUUCCCGGACGUGUCGUUCAGUAUGGCGCGCAUCAUCUGGGAUGUGCCGGAUGAGCCGAACGGAGAAAUACUUGCCUACCGCGUAACGUAUCUGCUCAAUGGCUCCGUAAAUCUGAACUUUACGCAAGAGUUUCCUCCCUCCGACCGAACGUUUCGGGCGACGCAGCUGCUCGCGGAACGGUACUACCUUUUCAGCGUCACCGCCCAAACCCGGCUUGGCUGGGGUAAAACGGCCGCGGCCAUCGUCUACACCACCAACAACCGGCAGCUCCCGCAAGCCGCUUCGGCGCCGCAAAUUUCACGUUCCCAAGUGCAAGCCGAACAGAUAACGUUCAGCUGGACCCCGGGCCGCGAUGGGUUCGCGCCGCUUCGCUACUAUACGGUGCAGUUGCGUGAAAACGAAGGCGCUUGGAGUACGAUCCCGGAGCGGGUGGAUCCGGCCGUCACGUCGUACACGGCGAGCGGACUGAAACCGCACACGUUCUAUCAGUUCCGCAUCCGGGCCACCAAUGACCUGGGGCCGUCCAGCUUCAGCCGCGAGAGCAUACAGAUCCGCACCCUUUCGGCUGCCCCUUCGCGGGGCGUAACCGAUCUGAAGGUAGUACCGAUCACGACGACCAGUGUGCGCGUGCAAUGGAACCCGCUAGAGUCGAGCGCGUGGAACGGCGACGCGGAAACGGGCGGCUACCGGAUCCUCUACCAGCCACUGUCGGACUUUCCUUCCACGCUUCAGACCACGCCAAAGUUGGACGUACCGGGCGUCGAUAAAGUGUCCGCCGUGCUGACAGAUUUGACCCAGGAUCGCAACUACGAAAUUAUCUUGCAACCAUACAACUCGCAAGGUUCAGGACCGCCGACCCCACCGGUAGCCAUUUACGUUGGGGAGGCAGUGCCCAUUGGUGAACCGCUCAAUAUCGAGGCGAAGGCAAAUUCGCCGACGGAAGUGCGGUUGACGUGGGCUCCACCGCAGCAAAGCACCCAGAAUGGGGAACUGCUGGGGUACAAGAUUUUCUACCUCGCUACCGCUAGCCCGGAGUCGGAGUACGAGUUGGUGGACGACGAUCGGCGGAAAGUGCCGGAGGAAGAGAUCGAGGUUGUGCCGGCCAGCUACAAUACGCACAGUUUGGUUUUCCUUGAUAAAUACACGGAAUAUCGAGUCCAAAUACUGGCGUUCAAUCCGGCUGGCGAUGGGCCACGGUCGGCACCGAUCACGGUAAAAACGCUUGCCGGGCUUCCCGGGUCUCCGGUGAACCUGCUUUUCAGCGAGAUCACGAUGAACAGCCUGACGGUGAGCUGGGGGGCACCGCGCAAGCGCAACGGACAGAUACUCGGCUACAUCGUUGCGUACGAAACGACCGAAGAUAAUGAGAAGUUUAGCAAACAGGUGAAACAGAAGGUGAACGGUACCAGUCUGACGGUGCAAAACCUGGAGGAAGAGGUGACGUACACGUUCACGGUGCGUGCACAAACCAUCGACUAUGGGCCGGCGAUCAGUGGUAACAUCACCACCGGACCCCAAGAGGGUUCACCCGGAUCACCGCGCGAUCUGAUCAUUGCAAAAUCGCAGGCCAGCGUCGUUAUAACUUGGCUAAAUGGACAGUCGGGGAAAGGGCCGAUCCUCGGUUAUUACAUUGAGACUAAAAAACGAGACGAUCUGCGGUGGGAAACGGUAGCCCGCACAACCAACGGGCCGAUGCAGGAGUUUACUGUGAGCUUCCAGAACCUGUUGCCGUCGACGGCGUAUAAGUUUCGCGUUAUCUCCUACAACCGCUACGGCAUCAGCUGUCCGGUGUACUCCGACGAUGCGGUACUGACACCAUCCAAGCUGUACCUAGAGUAUGGCUACCUGCAGUUGAAACCAUUCUACCGACAAACGUGGUUCAUGGUAGCGCUUGCGGCCACCUCGAUCGUAAUCGUCAUCAUGGUGGUCGCCGUACUGUGUGUCAAGAGCAAGAGCUACAAGUAUAAACAAGAGGUACAGAAAACCCUCGAGGAAUCCAUCGCGAUGUCCAUCGACGAACGGCAAGAGCUUGCGCUGGAGCUUUACCGAGCCCGUCACGGUGUUUCCGGUACGCUGGGAAGUAUGGUGGCCGGUGGAAGCGCCGGGACUGGGUCGAUGUUGCACAGUACACUCGGGCGCAUCGGGGGACGUAAGGGUGGCGGUCCAUCCUCGAGUGCAGCAGCGGCCGCUGCCGCCGCUUCUCUCGGUAAAUUACCCCCUCGUCCAUCGCCCGGUUCCGUCGAGUACCACAGCGAUGAAGAGAGUUUGAAGUGCUACGACGAAAACCCCGAUGACAGUAGUGUCACGGAGAAACCAUCUGAAGUGAGCUCCAGCGACUCGCAGGCGUCGGAGAGUGAAAACGAGAGUGUACGUUCGGAUCCACACUCGUUUGUCAAUCACUACGUAAACAAUGAUCUGCUUCGCCAAUCCUGGAUGCGCCAGAAACCGGUCCGCAACUACUCGAGCUACACCGACUCAGAUCCGGAAGGUUCAGCAGUGAUGAGCCUUAACGGCGGCCAGAUCGUCAUGAACAAUAUGGCCCGAUCGAGAGCUCCACUGCCAGGUUUCAGUUCGUUCGUGUAACUUGUGCUAGUCUUGAUCGUUUACGUUGUACGAGAUAACCACGAUGGCGAAGCAACCUAUAAACCAUAUGGCAAAACGCGUGAGACUGGAACAUUCGAAACAACUGUAUUCGAUGGGAACAACUGCCUAACUAGACGAACGAUCUUAGACAAGAGUUGUAUCUUCCCGGUAGAGGCACCAUUUUCAUGCAGCAGAGAUUGUAGUAGUACGAUAGAAUAUCGUGAAUUCGUGAGUCUCGGGACCUCUUCCAUCACAAUCACUGACGGUUGGUUACCCGACAGAACAAUCUUUUCUAAUAAUUUACACAGCAACAAUCCUUCGGGGGAAAAGGGGGAAACCAGAACGGCACACGUUUGGAGCAGACUGCCAAUGGGUUGACAACGAAAAAACUGGAAAGAUGUGAAUAUUUACUUUCUGUUUUAUUCGAAAACGUUUAUUUUUUCCUAUCUCUUUCUGAUAGUUAGGUAUUUGCUAUUUUAUGUAAGUAUUUGUAAUAGAGUUCGAGCGAAACAAGUUGUCAAAUUGAAUGCCUGCCUUGUGAACGAUACGAUACCGUCGAAUAUGAACAGGACUUUUGCUCCUUAUAGUUUACUCAGCGUCCACGCCCACCAUCUACUUCACCCAAUUAUAUUAUAAUGGAGGGAGCGUGAAGAAGGCGAUGCUGAAAGUAUAGCGUUUAAGCUGUUAGGCGGUUUCUUUUAACUUUAACCAGAAUUUUAAACUAAAAAGCAACUAGCGGCCUUGUAUCUUAAAGCUUAUCCACACAGUGUGACGAUGAGCGUGUCCAAACUAAGACUGGAAAUCGUUUUAAUUCAUAGAUUGGGUGAAAUAAUUGGCGAAACAAAUUCUGUAGUCUCCACACCAACAAAAACAUAUCGUCGAUGUGAUAAUUGCAUUAUCUGCAAACAACACAACGAAACUCUCAAGCACGUACGAAUUAAACGAAUCUAACUUUAACAUUAAUCAAACGGAAAUCCGGUCCACAGUUGAGCUCAAUGGAAACCGGCAAUGGAUGGGAGUUUGUCCCGGAAGAAGAUAGAACAUAUGAACAUUACAAUGCGAAAUGUGACAAUGGCGGAAACACAUUAUAAGAUUCAUCGUUUUUUCGAAAGUUUUACAUGUGUAUUUUGAAUUUUUUACAAAUAAUUUCAACCUAAGAAAG